AUGGAUAAAACCAACGGCAAUGCUGUUCGUGCUACUUCUGCUCCACUGGACGACGUCGUUCGGCCACAUGUCGCAGUCAUCUACUCCUCUGAAAUGACCUGCCAUCGCCCACUCCUUGAAGAUCACUUUGAACAGCCGGCACGCAUCACCCGCAUCUGGGAAACCAUAACUGCUGCUGGAUGUACCCUCAAGAUGAAGCGCAUACCUAUCCGGCCUGCGCAUAAAAAUGAAGUGUUGCUUGUUCAUAGCGAAGACCACUGGGUCCGCGUACAGGCUCUGCGGGAGCUCACCGACGAGAAAAUACAAGAAACUCACUCAUAUUAUGACUCGCUGUCUCUCUAUGUCAUGCAAGGAACUACACGGGCCGCCCUGCUGAGCUGUGGCGGUGUAAUAGAGGCCUGUCUCGCCGUUGCCAGUGAUCUAUCAGAAAUUAAAAAGUGUUUCGCCAUCGUCCGGCCACCAGGACAUCACGCAGAACCGACUAAGCAUAUGGGUUUCUGCUUUUUCAAUAAUGUUGCUGUUGCUAUCAAAAGUGUACAGCAACAAACUACUAUAAAGCGGGUAAUGGUUUUGGACUGGGAUGUGCAUCAUGGAAAUGGUACCCAGCGUGCAUUUAACGAUGAUCCCACUGUUCUGUAUGUCUCGUUGCAUAGAUAUGACAACGGAGGAUUUUAUCCAUGCGGUCCAUUUGGUGGCAUUCAAUCGUGCGGGGAAGGACCUGGCCUGGGAUUCUCGGUGAAUAUACCGUGGCCAGGCGAAGGCAUGGGCGAUGCGGAAUAUAUCCAUGCCUUUCAACAUAUUGUCAUGCCCAUUGCUAUGGAAUUUGCGCCCCAGCUAGUUAUCAUCUCUGCCGGUUUCGACGCAGCACAAGGAGAUCCUUUGGGACAGUGUUGCAUAACUCCUGCUGGAUAUGCUCAUAUGACAUAUAUGCUCUCAGGGCUUGCUGGUGGUCGUUUAGUGGUCGCUCUUGAGGGAGGGUAUAAUGUCGAGGCAGGGGCCCGUUCAGCAUUGGCAGUGACUAAGGUUAUAGUCGGAGAGCCGCCCGACGAGCUUCCUCCUAUGACUGCCAGCGAGCAAGCGGCUGAGGCCGUCUGGCUUGUGGCUAAAGAGCAGAGCAAAUAUUGGAGAAAUGUCAACCCCAAAGCAUGUGAACCGCGUGAAGACGUCCAAAUCAGCACAUUUUCUAUCCCUGAAAUACUGAAAUCGCAUCGACAAAAUUACUUGUCAAACAAUCACCACAUGAUGAAUGUUCCCUUAGUAAAUGAAGAAAUGGAAGAGCGAUUUGGAAUGCAAAUAAUGUGCACACCAGACAUACUAGACAACCCGACGGUGGUGUUCUUUAUGCAUGACUUCGGCGAUCUUCAAGCCGAGCUCGAGAAUUUUGCUACGUGCAAUUUAGACCUAGAGCGGUCUUACUUGGUUGAUUUCUCGAAAGAGCUAAUUUCGUGGGUAAAAGCCGCAGCAGGACACUGUUUGCUUGACGUAAAUCUGUAUCCCAAGCCUCUUAUAGCUCCAAUGAAGAAGUCAAAAUCAGCACAGGUUCUCGCCAAAGAACUCAUCAUAUAUCUCUGGGAUAACUAUGUACAGCUUUCAAAUGCCCAGCGAGUCAUUCUUAUCGGGCACGGACCGGGCUGUCAGCCAAUGAUCGACCUGCUUCAACAAAGAUGGAGUAGCGUGAGCACGAAAGUAAAAGGUAUCGUGCAAGUCGUAGGACAUCUAAAUGUUCCAUUGGUACCGACUCAUCCCGAUGAAAUUAUACCAUGGUACCUGAAGCACUCAUUUGUUGCUGUUCCCGUGAACCACCAAGUGCUCGCGGCAAAAACGAAGAAACGCCAUGGCAACGUUGUACCGAUAAAUGAAACUCGGGCAAUAAAGCUCCUUACUGAUGCCCUCCCAAGUAUUGAGAUUUUCAUACAAGCACAGCUAAGGGCCUGGGACCAGUACAUGGAUACCUCAUGA